GAAUAAGCCAAAUUCCCCCACUAUAUGCUAUAUGCUAUAUACCUCUUUGAAAGAAAAAGGAAAGAGCAAAUAGAGAAGACUCCCCUUGCCUCUUAACACUCCUUUCUCCCUUACUAUUUCCUCUUUGAUGGUUGAUUGAAAUAUUGUUGCUUUGAAGUGAUCAGAGGAGAAGAAGAUGAUGGGUUUAGGGUCUUUGGGUAAUGGGGUUAUGGGUGGGGGUGGGGGGACAUCAUCGUCUUUCUCAAAUUUGUCACCUUUGGCUCCACCUUUUACUGUUGAUCGGUCCAAUUCCAAACCGGGUUCAACCCAAUUGUUGAAUUUCAGUGAUUCAGCAUAUACCGGUUCAGUACCAUUUGGACAGUCUUGGACACAGUAUGCUGCUGCUUCUGGCUCUUUAUCGCCAGAUUUUACGCCUUCUGAUUCUGUUAAACAUACCAGUAAUAAUCUUUGGUCAACUUCCAAUCCUACUGUUAAUACUUCUAGUGAGGCGUAUUCGUUUGGAGGUGAGGGGUAUUAUGCACCUUAUGUGCCUUCUGUAGUGAGUGAUGACCACCACUCGUCGGCCUUCAGUGAAGCUGCCAUCAAUGUUUUGCCUAAUUCGGAGAAUAUGGCUGUUAAUGUGUCAUCUCAAGUUGAUUAUACUCAGAGCUUGUCUGGUUUGGAGUACCCGGUAUCCCAUUGGAGUUUUUUUAGUAAAGUUGCUGAUGGAAAGCAAGAUGAGAGGAAGGGAGUUGAUGGAAGUUUUUCUUUGGGGAAGGUUAAUGCUGGUGCUUCAUUUGGUUACGGGAAUUGCAUUUCUCAAGCUAAUUCACUUGAAGGUGUGAACAUGGUUGGAGAAGAUUCUGGUGCUAUGUCUGGAAAUUUUACUGACGGAGUAUAUACUGGGAAUUCAAGUAUCGGACAUAUGGAUGCUAAAUCAUAUCUCACUCAAGAACCAGUCUACCCAUCUCUUAGCACAAAAACAGCUGUGGGUUUAAAUCUCCCUGUGUCUUGCCAAGUGGCACUUUCUUUAGGGUCUUCUAAUAAUUACGUGAACUAUGAAAACCCUUUUACUCCACAUGAGAAAUUCUUCCAACCCCUUGAUUCUUGUCCCCGUGAUACUAUAUCCACAUCAAAAUCUUCUCCUGCAGUGGUUAUCAGACCUGCACCUUCUGGAAGUCGUUUCUUCGCACCGAAGACAGACUUGCACAAAAAUGUGGAUAUUUGCAAAACUGGAGCUAGUAAUAGUGAGAAAUCAGAUGUUUAUGACCUGUUAAAGGGUGAGGAAACACGGCUACCAAUAGAUUCUCCGGUCAAAGCGUUUUCGUUGGGCUCAAACACACCACUGGACUUUGGCAAGAUCGAGGAAAUCUUUUCUCAAUCAACAUCAAUUAAUAAUUUGUUCUCGACCCCUCCUCGUGGUAGCAAUGGCAUAGAGGUUGCAGUUAAAGAAAGAUCUGGAUCUCAAGCUCCUUACAGUAGUGCAACACCUGCGACUUUUACUGAGAAAUGUUCAGAAGCUUUAGAUCUUCAUAACCCAAAUGAAGAUUCACCCUGCUGGAAAGGCGCUCCUGCUUUUCGUAUUUCUCUCUGUGACUCUGUUGAAGAUCCAAGCCCAUUCCACUUCAAAGGCAAACUAGAAUGCUCUGAUUUUGGUCAAACCAAUCCUUUAUUUCCUCCAGCUGAACAUUCAGGGAAAACUUCCUUAAAGAAACUUGGUGAGGACAAUCCACAUAACCAUAAUGUACAUGCAGGAAUUGGUCUGUCUGUUCCUUCAGAAGGUACUGCAAGUAAUAACUGCAUCACAGGAGAACAUAGGACCAUUGAUGUCACCAAAGAAACAUUUGCACAUAUGGAUCUGUCCAGCAAUGGCGGGGUACUUAAAUUUUCUGAAGAUCUGAAUAGGCCUAGCAAAGGAUAUAAUCUGCCUCAGUACUCUGAAAAUGAUGGUCAACUACAAUCGUCCUGCAGCAAGCACGUUAGUGCUGAUGAACACAAAUAUGGACCCAUAAAGCAUAGUUUGCCGGAGGGUUUUAUGCAUUCUGGUUUGAACCUCAAUGACACAUUAGAGGGUGGAGUAGUUGCACUAGAUGCUGCAGAAAAUGUUUUACGUUCACCAGCUUCUCAAGAAGAUGCCAAGCAGGCACAACCAUAUCAAAUGGUAUCAAGUCCAAAGCUGGAUGUUCGUACACUUGUGCAUGCAGUUCAUAACCUUUCGGAGCUACUUAAAUCUCAAUGUUUGAAUAAUGCUUGUCUACUGGAAGAUCACGAUCAUGACACCCUUAGCCACGCAAUUGCCAAUCUUGGUGCAUGUACCACGAAGAAGAUUGAAACAAAAGAUACAAUGUUUUCCCAGAAUGACACUUUUGAAAAGUUUGUAGAAUCUCGCCGCUCUUAUAUGGGCACCGGGAUAGGUCACCCCCAGUUUAUGGGAGAAGUUACUUGGGAUUCUUGUGAACUCAGUAAUCAGCCGAUGCAUGAAGAUAAGAGCAAGUUCAAUGGUAAGAAAGCUGAGAUAUCACCCCUUCUAACUCCUGCAAAUGACUUAGAGGAUUCAAAUGAAGAACAAGUCGCUCAGGCUAUAAAGAAAAUCCUCAAUGAGAACUUUCUCUCUGGUGAAGCAAUGCAGCCCCAAGCCCUUCUUUUCAAGAAUUUAUGGCUUGAAGCUGAAGCAAGAUUAUGUUCCCUAAGCUUUAAAGCUCGUUUUGACCGAAUGAAGAUUGAAAUGGAGAAGCAUAAAUUCAGCCAAGGAAAAGACUUGAACCUGAAUUCCUCAGUGGCAGCUGAAGCUGAAAAUGACUUCGCAUCAAAGGCUACCACCCCGAGUACCUCUACGUCAAGCAAAAGUGUCCACAUUGACGAUUCUGUAAUGGAGAGAUUCAAUAUCUUAAAUAGAAGGGAAGAGAAAUUGAGUUCAUCGUUCAUGAAAGAGGAAAAUGAUUCUGUUAAGGUUGCCAGUGAUGCUGAGGAUUCUGUUAUGAUGAAGCUAAAUAUCUUAAAGCAACAGGAAAACAACUUCAAUACAUCCUUCAUGGAAGACAAAAAAGCUUCUGAUAUGAUUUCUAAUGGCACUGCGGAUUCUGUUAUGGAAAGAUUCAAUAUAUUAAGACGACGGGAAGACAGCUUGAAAUCAUCUUUCAUGACGGAGAAAAAGGAUCAGGAUGUGGUUGCCAAUGAUGCCGAGGAUUCUGUUAUUGCGAGACUCAACGUCUUAAGACAGCGGGGAGACAAGUUGAAUUCAUCUUUCAUGGAGGAGAAAAAGGAUCCAGAUAUGGUCGCCAAUGAUGCUGAAGAUUCUGUUAUGUCAAGAAUCAGUCUAUUAACACACCGGGGAGACAACCUGAAUUCACCGUUUAUGGAGGUGAAAAAAGAUCUGGACAUGGUUGCUGCUGGUUCUGCAGGUAUGGAGAAUCUUGGAUCGUUAAAUGGUGAAGUAUCAGAAGAUCGGAGCACAAAUGUGGUUAUAGAGCCUUACUUUUAUCAUCAGAAUGUUAGUGCCAACGAAGAUAAAUUUGAGUCUUAUGCGGACGGUUCUGGAUACGACUCCAUGAAACAGUUUCUUCUCUCUGUACCAGAUGAUCCAGUUGUCCAUUCAAAUUGGAAGGCCAGACUGGGAAAUCACCACUCUUCAGGUUUGUAUGAUAGUUCUUCUUCAGACUGGGAGCAUGUAGCCAAGGAUGAGUAUGUGUGACAGCCGAUGAGACGAGACGUUGCAUCGAAGAUAUUUGAUGCUCUCUUUGAAAGAGACUCUUUCCAGUCAAUACAUGAAUUAACACUGUAUAAAUUGUAGAGUUGACGUAACUGCGUAUUCCUAUUUUCUGUUUUCUGAUACUGCAAUAUACUUACUCCGUUGUGCUUAUCGUUUUAUUUCUA